CGCACUUUAAACAACAAUCUUCAUUUCAUUUCCUUUCUUAUUUAAAACAAAAAUUUCUCAUUUGAGGAAAAAUCUGGCCUUUAAAGUACCACGUUCAUAUUGGGGAGCACGGGUCUGUUGCCAUAAUGAGGAGUCUUUUCUUCUGUGCCUUAACUCUGGUUGUUUUUUGUUCUGAUGGGGCUCUUUGCAAGUCAGUAUUUUCUAGCAGCCCAAACGCACAUAUGCUGCUCCGUUCAAGAAGAGCCAACACUUUCAUGGAGGAACUCAAGCCGGCAUCGCUGGAGCGGGAGUGCAGAGAGGAACUGUGCGAUUUCGAAGAAGCAAGAGAAAUCUUUAUAACAAGGGAGGCCACGCUGGAAUUCUGGACGGCAUAUAAAGAUGGAAACCAGUGCACCACAAAUCCGUGUGUUCAUGGCAAGUGUGUUGACCUGUUGCAGGAUUUCUCCUGCACCUGCGACUCUGGAUUUGAAGGGAAACAUUGUGACCUCCGCAGGACAGCCACUAACUGUUCGCUGAACAACGGGGAUUGUGAUCAUGAUUGCCACGAGAGUAAGGACGGUCUUGCUCGCACAUGCAGUUGCAUCAAGGGAUACCAACUUCAAGACAAUUCUAGAAAAUGUACUCCUAAAAAUGAUGCUUCGUGUGGCCAGAUUCGGAUCCCAAAGUCAGCCUAUGCGAACAAACCUAAACCCGUUUUACAGCCAUGGGUUAUGGGAGGUAACGUUGGCAAAAGGGGAGAAAGUCCCUGGCAGGCUCUUAUACUAAAUCAUUUGGGCAGGUUUCAUUGUGGUGGAGUUCUGAUUGACGAAAACUGGGUUCUCACUGCCGCUCACUGCCUAGAGACGAGUUCCAAGUUCAGUGUCAGACUGGGCGACUACCAAAGGUUCAGGUUUGAAGGCUCCGAGGUCACCCUUCCUGUCAAACAACACAUCUCUCACCCACAAUACAACCCAAUCACCGUGGACAAUGACAUUGCUCUGCUGCGCUUGGAGGGUCCGGUUAAAUUUUCCACGUACAUUCUUCCGGCGUGCCUUCCCAGCCUGGAGCUGGCAAAACGAAUGUUACAUCGCAACGGGACGGUAACCGUCAUCACAGGCUGGGGGAAGAACAACCAAUCGGCCACCAGCUACAAUUCUACGCUCCACUACGUGGAACUACCGAUUGUUGACAACAAAGAGUGUUCCCGACAUAUGAUGAACAACCUAUCUGACAACAUGCUCUGCGCUGGAGUUUUGGGGCAGGUCAAAGACGCCUGUGAGGGGGACAGCGGGGGUCCGAUGAUGACUCUGUUUCACGAUACGUGGUUCCUGGUGGGUUUGGUGUCCUGGGGAGAAGGCUGCGGGCAGAGAGACAAACUGGGCAUCUACACCAAAGUGGCCAGCUAUCUGGAUUGGAUAGAUAGUGUCCGUCAGGGGUGGGACAAGGUUUAGACGCCUGACAUUCUACCCUGAAAUAGAUCCAGGUAAAGUUGAAAUUAUUAGCCCUCCUGUGAUUUUCUUUUCCAAAUAUUUCCCAAAUGAUGUUUAACAGAGCAAUGAGUUUUUCCAAAAGUAUUUCCUGUAAUAUUUUUUCAUUCUGGAGAAAGCCUUAUUUGUUAUAUUUCAGGCUAGAAUAAAAGCAGUUUUUUAAUUUUUAAAA